AUGGCCUUUGUCCAACACCAACCCCGGCAACAAAGCCGCGAUCGACGAGAUCACCCCUCCGCUACCCCUCACCACCACCGCCACCACCGCCAAGAACGAGAACCACCGCAAGACUGGAGCAUCGUCUUCCCCGGUCGAGCACGUCAACCACCCACCUCUCCCACUGUCCAACUCACUUCCCCCACCACUCCCACCACCGAUCAAACCGAUGAUACAGAUCCACUCGCCCUCACCCUUCCCCCGCUCCACGACGGUACAGGGCGAUUCCUCACCUCCCCGCUAAGUCCAGCUUCUACCGAUGCUGCUCUCCACUUGAGCGGUGCUGAUGACGACCAACUCUCUCAGCAGGCACGCCAUUCUGAGCAUCUCUUUCCCGAAUCUGUGUUUAGUGGCACAGAUUCGCAAAUCGAUGCAGAUGAAGAGCUAGGUUUUGGCUCUGGUUCUGAUUUCGACUUUGAAAGCGAUGCUGUUGCUUCUUCGCAUCCUAGUAGAAGCGAGGCUGGUAGAGGCGCUCCUAGGUCCGCCUCUCGUCGCAGACCCUCUAAGCCCAGUGAUGUUAGUAUUGGUAGCGAUGACGAUCAUCUUGUGCAUCCAGCACAGUCGCAUAGUAGUAUGCUGGCCAGCAAAGCUUGGUCGCUCUUGGGUCGAAGCUAUGCUUUGGAGCGCCUGUUGGAAAGCCCUUCGCGAUCAACACAGUUGUAUUCCAGUGUCCGGUCUAGUCGACAUCUCGGCCAGUCUAGACGGAUGGCGAACGAUCUUCCUCUUGCUUUCACUAGUCGCCCUGAGCGACAAGACAAUCCUCACGCUGCUCCCCUGCAUCGAUCGAGUCUUAACGCUGACGAGGCAGAUCUGGCAGCUAGCAACCUCGCUCAGAGUGCAGGUCUCUCCCAUUUGCAUCACAGCCACCUGCCCCGCCGACCCAAACGGAGACACAGACGUUCUGCAGCCGGCCGAUCGAGCAAACGAAGCAACACUUCUCACAGUCUUUUGAGCAUUGACUAUGAAUCUCCUCUACUCAACCCUCGUGCUGGAGCCGGAGCAACUCAAGCUAGGCUUGACACUGAUGCAGCCCAAACUCGACAUUCCUCAGCAACGCAAGCUUCGAGCAUGGCACAAGAACAUCCCUCCAAGACGACCCGCAUGAUGGGAACCAUCCUGCGCAAGCUAUUCCAUCUUGAACCUGAGGUGCUCGAUGCUUUUCUUCAUGACGAGCACCACCACCAUCAACAACAACAGCAGAGACAAUCGCCUGGAUUUGCGUUGGAUUCCCCUGAAACUCCCAUCGUCUCGGCUCCUCUGGGUGAGGGUAUGAUGCUAGACGGUCGUAGCGAGAACGAACGAUACUCGGCCGCCUCCGCCACUGCCUCCGAUACUGAGGUUGAACAUCUUGCCACCCUUGACCCAGCCGCGUCUCCUCUCUUUUCCAAUGCUAAACCAGUUUCAGGCGAACAAGUGGAUUCUUCUUCACUCCUACGUCUCACCGAAGCUGCACUCCUCCAACGCACCCGUCCCAACGCUGCCUCGCCUGGCAUGAUGGAACCGACAACGAUGGAAGCCUUGUCAGCGUUUAUGAAUACAAUCGUCAUGCCUGUGCCCAUGCCGUUUAGGCUUCUAGGCGCUUUAUUCGGCUGGUCCAACAUCUGGCACUCAAGCUCUUCCCAGAAGGCAAUCCAGCAAAGGCAAGAGGAUGCGGAGAGAACAGAGAGGGAAGCGCAAGAAGAAAGGAAAUAUAGAUACGAAAGACUGCUCAGUGCUCAACAGGCAAAAGCUUGGAGUAGGAGAUAUAGAGGUAUUCUCUUUGCAAAUGUCGACGAUGAGCAACCCAGUCCAGAUCUUCCCCAACUUUGGAGGGGUGAAGAACAUCCUGCGAUUGCAGGAGACCAUAGAUAUCAUUAG